AUGAAUAAUCAUAAUGGAAAAAACAGUAUGAUAACAACCGUAGCAACUGUUUCGGCUGCAUCAGCAGUUAUUCAACGAAAUGUCCAAAUUAUGCGUAUUACACUGGCUCUAACAGUUCUUUCAUUUAUUACUUUUUCAAUUGCACUUACAUCAAGUUAUUGGGUAGUUAUCACUUAUCCACCUGAAUUCUUGGCAGUAAGACAGAAUCUAUUUAUUGUUCGAACUACUUAUGGCAUCAUUUGGGAAUGUGCGCUGAGUAGACCAACAAAAACUUCUAUGUAUGAAAAUCGAUGUGAUUAUCAUCCAAAUCAAGUACAUAAUACAUCUUCACUAGCUGACCAAACACUUGUUGGCAUGGUUCGUACAAUGAUGUCAUUUAGUGCUAUUCAUAUUUUACUCUUAAUUAUUACAUUUAUUUGUGGUUUAUAUAGUAUUCGUGAAUAUCGAUAUACAUAUAAACGAUUAACAGGCAUGAUUUAUAUACUUACUGCUGCUUCUCUUCUCGUUUGUAUCGAAGUAUUAAGUACAAUAUUUCGUCAUGCUAGUGAACAUUUACCUGAAAUUUAUCCAAAAGGUACCAAACAUUCAUUUGGUAUUUGUUAUAUUCUUGCUUGGCUGAUUUUUAUUCUAUUACUUACUUCAUCUCUAGCCUUUUUUGUCUGUAGUAAAAAACGAAAAGGUGCAUUUGAUGAAGCUACAGAAGAAGAAGCUUUGGCAAAUGUACCUGUUACUCUAGGUCGUAUUUAA